AUGAAGGUGCUUAAAGCUAGCGCUAGUGAAAUCAGCCAAGAAGAUUUUAACGAAGGAAUUAUUUACGAAACUCCCUGUUUCGAACCACAAGGUGGCUUUCGUUAUGUAUUCCAGUGGACGGAUCCCAAAAACAAAAAUGAUGCAGGGAAAGAUAUUAUAUCUAAGAUGUUUACUCGGGUAGCCUACAUCCAUCCUACCGAAUCGAAAGUGCUCGUUAAGUAUACUGGGAACGAAAAAAUUUCUUCAAAAUUACCUCACGGGAACGCCAAAUCCGACCAGCGCGUUAACACCCCUUUCGUUCCGACAAUGCCAUCACUUUUAAGAGAAAUGGAGGAGGGUACCUCUUGCCCGUCAAACACGUAUAGGAUGAUGCUUCAUAAAGCACCUAGGGACAUCAACAUACAAACAGUACAAGCACCGCGCAAUCUUAAGCAAGUACAAAACACAAUGCAAAAUGCUGGUCAAAAAUUCCGUCUUUCUAGGGAUGCGCUGUAUAACUUGCACAAGAUUGCGUACGACAGCACUUUUGUGAAAAAAAUAAUUACUUUUCCAGAUUUAAUCGUCAUCGCCUGGGAUAACAAUAUCACCGAAGUGCUGAUUUCGCUUUUCAAAAGGAGUGAUCUUCCAUUCCUAGGUUUUUUUUACGAUACUACCUUCAAAUUGGGGGACUUUUAUUGCUCGAUUAUGUCUUUUAUCGAGACUGAGUUUACGAAUCAACCAACGAUUCCUGCAUUCUUCAUGAUUCAUGAAAGAAAAACAUUUGCCACUCAUGAUUUGUUUUGGAAGGAAGUGGCGGAUAACCUAACGGGCCUGUCGAGUGCAGGAAAUGUGUAUAUUAUUACCGAUGAAGAAGCCGCUAUCGUUGGGGCUAUAAGUAAAAACCUACCCGAAAUAGCAGUCUAUAGGUGCUGGAACCACAUCCUCCAAAAUGUUGCAUUUAAACUAGGAAAACUUGGAAUUAAGACAAAAGCUGAGGUAGCUAAGUACGCGGAUGAUGUUCGGGAAUUACUGGAGCAACCCGAUAAUGAAUCGUACACUCGCUUCCAUAAAUAUGUAGGCCACCGCCCGCGGGUUGUACCGCUUCAAAAAUACCUUUAUGCGCGCCUUUAUGGUAUAUUCGACAAUAGAGUAGGAAGGGGUUACAUAUGAAACCAAAAUAAUGAUGGGAUGAGUAUGAAAACCUGACCCAUCCCUCAAGUUUAUUUUCUUCCUUUCACAAGCUUAAGUAAACAUUCCGUAAAGGUAUAUUUGAAGCGGUACAACCCGCGGGCGGUGGCCUACAUAUUUAUGGAAGCGAGUGUA